GGCGCCCACUGGCUUCACCGAAAGGAUCGAACCUCCCAGCACUCUCUUUGGCCCGUAACGUCAGGUGACGUGAGACCCAGCCGGAAGUGAAGGAAAAAGCGCUUCAGCCCGCGGCGCCUGCGUAGAACGCUUCAGACGCUGAGAGGCAGGAGGCACUAGGGAUCGUCCGCAGGAUUGGGACUGCUACAGAGGCCGCCACGGAGCCCGCCGGAGCCACCGUUCCUGCUGCUGCUGCCGCCGCCGCUGCCCGAAUCGGAACCGUCGGGCCGCAGCCGCCAGCAAUGCCGCGAAGGAAGAGGAAUGCAGGCAGUAGUUCAGAUGGAACCGAAGAUUCCGAUUUUUCUACAGAUCUCGAGCACACAGACAGUUCAGAAAGUGAUGGCACAUCCCGACGAUCUGCUCGAGUCACUCGCUCCUCAGCCAGGCUAAGCCAAAGUUCUCAAGAUUCCAGCCCUGUUCGAAAUUUGCAGUCUUUUGGUACCGAAGAGCCCGCUUAUUCUACCAGAAGAGUGACCCGUAGUCAGCAGCAGCCUACCCCAGUGACACCGAAAAAAUACCCUCUUCGGCAGACUCGUUCAUCUGGCUCAGAAACUGAGCAAGUGGUUGAUUUUUCAGAUAGAGAAACAAAAAAUACAGCUGAUCAUGAUGAGUCACCACCUCGAACUCCAACUGGAAACGCACCUUCUUCUGAGUCUGACAUAGACAUCUCCAGCCCCAAUGUGUCUCAUGAUGAGAGCAUUGCCAAGGACAUGUCCCUGAAGGACUCAGGCAGUGACCUCUCUCAUCGCCCCAAGCGCCGUCGCUUCCAUGAAAGCUAUAACUUCAAUAUGAAGUGUCCGACACCAGGCUGUAACUCUCUAGGACACCUUACAGGAAAACAUGAGAGACAUUUCUCCAUCUCAGGAUGCCCACUCUAUCAUAACCUCUCAGCUGACGAAUGCAAGGUGAGAGCACAGAGCCGGGAUAAGCAGAUAGAAGAAAGGAUGCUGUCUCACAGGCAAGAUGACAACAACAGGCAUGCAACCAGGCACCAGGCACCAACGGAGAGGCAGCUUCGAUAUAAGGAAAAAGUGGCUGAACUCAGGAAGAAAAGAAAUUCUGGACUGAGCAAAGAACAGAAAGAGAAAUACAUGGAACACAGACAGACCUAUGGGAACACACGGGAACCUCUCUUAGAAAACCUGACAAGCGAGUAUGACUUGGAUCUUUUCCGAAGAGCACAAGCCCGGGCUUCAGAGGAUUUGGAGAAGUUAAGGCUGCAAGGCCAAAUCACAGAGGGAAGCAACAUGAUUAAAACAAUUGCUUUUGGCCGCUACGAGCUUGAUACUUGGUACCAUUCUCCCUAUCCUGAAGAAUAUGCACGGCUGGGACGUCUCUAUAUGUGUGAAUUCUGUUUAAAAUAUAUGAAGAGCCAAACGAUACUCCGCCGGCACAUGGAAAAGAAUUCAUUCCUCAACUACAACGUAUCCUGUAUUCUUACCAUGCCUCAGUACAUGAGACAGGGCUAUGGCAAGAUGCUCAUUGAUUUCAGUUAUUUGCUUUCCAAAGUUGAAGAAAAAGUUGGCUCCCCAGAACGUCCACUCUCAGAUCUGGGGCUUAUAAGCUAUCGCAGUUACUGGAAAGAAGUACUUCUCCGCUACCUGCAUAAUUUCCAAGGCAAAGAGAUUUCUAUCAAAGAAAUCAGUCAGGAGACGGCUGUGAAUCCCGUGGACAUUGUCAGCACUCUGCAGGCCCUUCAGAUGCUCAAGUACUGGAAGGGAAAACACCUAGUUUUAAAGAGACAGGACCUGAUUGAUGAAUGGAUAGCCAAAGAGGCCAAAAGGUCCAACUCCAAUAAAACCAUGGAUCCCAGCUGCUUAAAAUGGACCCCUCCCAAGGGCACUUAAAGUGACCUGUCAUUCCGAGCCAGCGAACCCCGGCAGUAGGAAUCCGUACCCUAGGGAUCUGUCUGUCAUUUCUGUUGCUCUUGUGAUUGGCAAGUACAGUAUCCUUUGGGAAAGGCCAUCCCCCUCAGGACUGUCCUGGCUCCGACCUUCAUGUACACUGCAGACGCUGGUUCUGAGGAACUGUUGUUUCGGCCUCAGUGAGGUUGCCUGAAUGGGAUCUGUAUUAGACUUGAAUGCAGAUCUCUCAGCACUGACCCAAGGAGUUCUGUUAUGGUACUGUACCUGUCCAGUCACUGGUUCUCUCCUCAUGUCCUCUCGCCCCAUGAGGUUGUGUUGUGUCUUCUAAGCGUGGUACUAGUGCUUGCUGCCUGGUCACCAGACCUCCAAAUAUGGCUGCCACCACCAGGACCUUUCCAGUUACUCCUAAUACAUGUGUUCUAUGGAGGGGCAGGGAAGAGGUGGCACUUCUGAGUGUGUGUGGAUUAGGAGGGGGUCCAUUCACUUUGGGCUUCAUCUUGCUUUAAAUUUCUUUCCUUCAUUUUGAUUGAGAGACCUCUUUUUGAUCAGUAUUGGGCUAAACAGAGCCAAAUACUUUUGAAGAGCUUCCCAGGGACUAGUAUAUAAUUUAUCUGAAUGAGAUGGAGAGAAGAAUGAAGUGGUGGUUCUGUGUUUGAGUUCACCUGUGGGCAGUGGGCAGUGUCUUGGUGGAAGGGAAUGGAUACUUCUUUUUGCCUCACCAGUAAGUACCCUCUAGUAAGAGUUUCCUUCUCUCUUUACUUCCAGUCCCUUUGUAUGUUUGCAGGUGCCAAAGUCAUAUCCAGUUCUCCCUUUCUUGCUACAUGCUAACUGGUUAAUUAUACUGCAGAAACCUUUUCAUCUGUACCAGUCCUGAUGUAGUACAUCUGUACUUCCAUGUAAAUUGCACUGAUUUUGUCUGAAUGCCCUGGGAGACGUUGAAAAUGAUUGAAAGUGACUUCUGUAUUUCAGCCCAUGACUCAGCAAGGCAGAAUGGCCACCCCUGCCAAGGUUUGCUUCUCUUUCCAACAGUGCCUCACCCUCCCUCUAGGAUUAAAGUGCUUCUGCCCUUCCACGAACUCCUCCUCCAUUUCCUUUUUGGGAUUCGUACCAUCCUUCUAUUCUCUGGUCUUCUAUUUUUGGUGUUGUUUAAGUGAAGGAAGAGAUGUUCCCUCUAAUUUCUCUCUAGUCCAUUAUAACCUGCUAUCUUGGGGCAACUUUUGAUGUAUAACAUGUCACCCUUCCCAACUGGGUCUCCUGCAACAUACUGUCUUCAUGUGGAGCCCUCACCGCAAUCCCUGACUCUGGUCAUUUGUGCCUUUCUCUUGUCAUCUCUGUACACUACUUAUAUUCACUGUGGUUUGGGGGAGCUAAUUUUAAGCAUGUUCAGUGGCAGCUCCCCUCCAGUUUCAGUGUCACUGUUAAAAUUUAUCCAAAAGCAACUUCACUGGGGGUUUUCUUAAGGGGUAAAGGCCUUUUACAGAAGCUAAACCCUUCCCCACGUGGUAGAAUGUGCUCUUCUGUAUCUACUCCUCAAUAAAGCAUGUUCUCUGCUCAAA